AUCAGGUAAGUUUGCACUCUUUACUGAGGUCAUGACCUGUUGAUGCACACCCUCUGCUGUACUGCUGUACCCUUUUGUACAAACUCAUUACCCAACAGUUGGAACAAGUUUCACCAUCGUCAUCCACCGUGCUUUGGAAACUUUUACGCAAUCACCCUGUGACACUCCUCCUAUUCUUUUUCUUGCUCCCAAGUGUUUCUUGGAUUUGCUAGCGGGAACUUUGAAAAAGUAUUUUUAUUCCAUGUACAAGUGGAUCUUUGUUUCUUGCAUUAAUACCUAUGUAGGACGUCUGCCAGUGUCAAAAUGAAGCAUGCUUUGGCCAAAGCCCUCUACGAUAACAAAUCGGAGGCACCGGAUGAAUUGGCCUUCAAGAAAGGUGAUAGAAUAAUUGUGAUCGAACAAAACACCGGUGGUCUUGAAGGAUGGUGGCUAUGUUCACUGAAUGGACGUCAAGGUAUCGCUCCUGGCAACAGACUGCAGAUCAUACCUGGAGUAUAUGAUAAUGGUGCAGGGGGACGAUUCACAGGGAGUCCACAUAAGGUUGUUACUCCAACUUUUGCGAAGACACCAUCGCACAUACAAUCUGAUUAUGAUGUCCCACCAAGUCCAAGACCUGCUGGAUGCUCUUCGCCUCCGUCGUUGGUCUCGGCAUAUGACACACUACCAACAAGACACCGACCGGCUGUUCAAAUUGCCAGCCAAGAUGUAUAUGAUGUCCCUCCUGCUGCUAAGAAAUGUAUGGAUGUUUCUGAAUCAAGCAGUGGGUUUGAGGAGUACGAUAUUCCAAGAUCUCACUCCAUUGGAUCAAAUGAACUGUAUGAUGUGCCAAAAAGUUUCGCAAAGGAGGAAAGCGCGAUGGCAGUGAAUGCUCCAGACUUUAUUGAGAUGACAUAUGAUAUCCCUGUUGCGAGUAAGAAUGCUGUAGUCCUCAACAGCAUACAUGAAAAUACACAUAAAGAUUUUACUGAUGGCUCAGCAAAGCAUGCCAGACAACCAGGGGUAAAUGUGUAUAAUGCGCCCCAAGGAACUGCGCCAGAUGAUACUUACGAUAUUCCACCAUCUCAUGGCCUCACGUUAAUCAAUGCAAGCAAUACAUCAAAAUCGUCAUUUAAUGGAGGUCCCAGUGAGAUUUAUGAUACUCCACCAUCACGGUCAAUGCCCGAGGAGACAAAUUUAGAUCUUUACGACACGCCUCCUAAUCAUUACCCCGAAGGAUUGUACGACACACCCCCAAGUCGUGGGAUUCAAGAAUACUAUGAUACGCCAGUUGCUCACAAAUUAGCAAUGAUGAAACUAAAUGGACAUCAGGAUUCAGUUUAUGACAUACCCCCUCAGGUCACGAAAGACAAACCUGGUAGUCUUAUUCACCCGAGUCAAAGACAUUCUGUCAAUGAACUAGAUAUGCAUGUAAAUUUGAACAUGACAACCCGACUCUCCAAAUCAGUGAACGAUCUUGAUGGUGUACAGCAUGGCCAUCUGAACCUAGACCGUGACGCCGCCAUGGAUUUGUUUGUUCAGAAGCAACAGAGUCUAGAAGGUGCCACUGCAAACUUUUUAAGCUAUGUGUGUAGCUCUUGGAGAACGCGGGAAUCUCUAUCCAAACGUCUGCAGGAGAUUCGCAGUGCAUCUGAACAAGUACGCGUUGCUUUCAAAGACAUUAUUGAUUUCGGUAAUGGCACAUUGUCAAAUGCAGCAGCACUUCCGGAUAUUAAGAGUAAAAUUACCAAGGAAUUUCAACCAUUAUUAGACUCGCAUUCCACUUUAUACAAACUAGGAAUCACCCUUGACGAGCAAGGAUGGGACAUUAAUAAACUUGUGAAGGCCCAAGCAAUAAAUACUGCAGAUGAAUUAGAUCAAUUUGUGCUUACUUCCAGAGGCAUUCAUGAACACUUAAAGAGAUUAGCAUCAGUGAUCAGUACGCACUCCUCUCUCUUAUUUAAGAGGUCAGCGAUAUCAGCAUCAAGACCGCUCCCACCUCCUCCAUCAUCAAGUAACACUAAUUGGGUUACAGCUGAAAAAGAAUAUUCACCGAAUAGUAAAGACUUAUCUAAAGUGCGCCCUCUACCAAAUAUCCCACCACCUUUGAGUCCCAAAACAGCACCUUACAGUAAGAUCAUCAUGGCAGAAAAGAUCUCAAAACCACUUGUGCUUUCACAACAUGAUUUAGAAAUUUUAAGUUACUAUCGCGGCGAAGUAGAGUCGCAUUCAGUUGAACUCAAGAAAGCGACAUCUAUGUUUUUCACAUGCAUCGAAGAACAUUUUCCACCAAAGAUUUUUGUUGCACACAGCAAGCAUGUUAUUUUAACAGGACAUAAAUUGGUAUUUAUUGGCGAUACACUUCAUCAUAACGUACAAAGUACUGAAUUACGCGAUCAGAUCAUCCACUGUAGCGACUUACUGUGCGAAUUCUUGAAUACGGGGGUGACCGCCACCAAGACCGCUGCCUUGCAGUUCCCUGCGGUCCAACCACUACAAGAGAUGGUGAACAAGAUGACAGAAAUCGAGUCUGCGGCUGACCAAUUAAAAAACAGUAUUCUACUCAAUUUGAAAAACAAAUAAUACCACUUGCAAUUUUGAACUUUUUUUAGAAUUAUAAGAAUAACAUUUACCUUGCUAAAUUCAGAUUGUAGUCAAGUGCAUUGGCAAAAAAAUUUGAUUACUAUGUAAUGUAUAUUAUUUAUAAGAGUGGUUUUCAUUCGGAGUUUGUACAUUUGAUUAACAUUGUAUCAAAAAAGAUUUAGAACAAAAACAUUUUGAUGUUAAACAAACCACAGAUAUAUGAAAGAACUAGUACAAGUGAAAGUUAAAAAGGCAAAACAAUGUAACUGCACAGAAAUAUAAUAGCAGUUAUGUUGUUUUGCCAUGGGAUGGCCGCAAGUUGAUGCCAAAAUAUUUUGGUGCAGAUUUAUUACGUUGUUUUCAACUGUUCAUUAUAUUUUAUGCUUCUUUAUUCGUUAAUAAGCAAAUGUUAUUUAUCUUGAUUGACAGAAGUCUAAUCUUCAUUUGAAUCUGUAAUUAUGGAAAUUUUGAAAGAAUUUUGAUUAAUUGUUGAUACUUUACCAGCCAUAGCAAUUGUUAGAUAUUUAAGUCAAGACGAGUGCUUCUGGUAGUUCCUACCCAAGGAUCACAUUUAAGUACUGUACUGCCAUGGCAGGGUUCUCUAGUCGGCUGCGAGUCUUUGCAGACUCUCCGGAAAAUGGCCUUGUCAUUCAGACUUCCGCAAGUAAGCAACAAUCUCCCAGAAGCUAACUCAUCUUCGGCAAAUUCAUGAUGUUUGCAUGUUUCUUUUAUCAAUUGCUUCCCAGAAAUUGGCUGGCAAUGAUUUCCACCUUGUGCAACAAAAUGGGCUUCUAUUCGAGGCUACGUUUCCAAAGUAAAGAUGGGGCUUCUUUUGAAAAUGAAUGCCAUAAUUUUUGGAAAUUAGUACUAUAAAACAAUAAAUAGAGCCACUGUAACACCAGUCAGAAUCAUUGAGUGUAUUAACCGAUAUUAAAUUACCUAAACUACUGUAUAAACCAAGCAUGUUUUUAAUUAAUUUUUUUCUUUGAAAUUCAUGUACCUGGAAUAUCUCAGGAAAAAAAAACCCAUGGGCUUUUUUUCAAGGCUUCUUUUGCAAACUAAAGAGGGGGCUUUAGUUGGAGAAGGGCUUCUUCUCAAGAUUAAACACAUUGGGCUUCUAUUUGAGGUUUUACGGUAUACUACCAUGAAAAUGAUAUUAUCAUGCCUACUACCACUUCCAUUAUCAAUAAGAUGUGAUAAUCAUGAUUCUAACAGUGGACCUAUGAGGUACGUGCUACCAAGCCUGCCUUUGUAAGCCUACAAUAACAGUUGUACAGUACUACUAUUCAAAAGUUAGGUGGCCUACUCUCAGGGUUUAUGGACUGUCAUGCUGGUACGCUACUACUGAGGUACACACUUUUUUUAUAAGAAUACAUUUUAUAAGAAAACCUAGGCUGAAAUUGUUUUAAAAAUAAGAACAAAUUGAUGCUGAGGUAAUGUCAAAUGAGGUUUUUUUUUGUUUUUUUUUAGCUAGAACAAAAACCCAAUAAAUCCCUUAUGUGCAGUAGGUGUGACUAUGUAAUAUCCUCUAUAAUACAGUAAUAUGCUUCUGUACAAUAAUAAAUUUCUAUCUUUGAAUAGGUUCUGAGGUACUACCAUGUUGGUGUCAAAGUAAUCAAAAAACUUCUCAAAACACAUCUUUUUAAUUCAUAUUUUGCUCAAUUUCCCAAAUUUUAUUUCUAAAGCGCAUUGAGGCUUUUAGCAAAAUAUGCUCAAUCAAGAUUGGUCCGUUAUUAUUAAUAAUAACUGAGAAAUUAUGCAUCUAUCAAAACUUAAUUAAUGUUCAUUUUUAGUAUUAUAAACUACCUAUUGGAAAUAACUGGGAUUUGUUGCCAAUAAGAGAGUGCGAGUGUGGGAGUUGUCUGCCCACACCUAUGCAAGGUGUGUUGAAGGCUUACAAUGAGGGAGUCAUGGGAGCACAACGAUAAUUUAGUAUGGCAGGCCUAGGAAGGGACAGUACUACAGUACCUCUGUCUUAUAAAGAGGACAUGUUUCAUGUAUGUUUCAAACAAAAUACAUUUUAGUUGCUAGAAAAAAAAGACAUUAACAAUAAACCAAAUUUUAAUUUAGACAAACUGCUUGAUGAUACUGAGUUUGAUCAUAGAUUACAUUACAUCAUAUCUUCCGUUACUUACAAUUUAGUUUGCCAAUAAACUUAUGAUCAAGAAUUGA